CCGAUCGUCGAGAUGACUCGGGGUAAUCAACGCGAUACGGAUCGCGCCAAGGCGCAGAAGAAGGCCGCUGCACAAAAGUCCAAACCAAAAGAAAGUGCAACCAACCUAGCAAAACGCAGAGAAGCGGAUGCUGAGUUGCUGAGAGCAAAGCAAAAGAAGAAGGAGGAGGAACGCACUGGUGGCGAAGCGGGAGAUAAAGGUGGCGGGGGGAAAUAACUUUGUGAAUUUUGUUUUGCCACGCGGGAUGAUGGCCAUGCCCAGUGCCCACAGACGUUUGUUUCUACCCCGAGGAAUCUCCAACUCUGCUUCUUCAUUGUUUAGGUCUAAAGCCUUCUCGUGGCUUCAAUGUUUCAAUCCAAGAAUAUGCCGGUUUCUUUUUUCAUGUUUGUCCUGGGUUUAAAGUCUUCCUGUCGAAAAUUGACUUUCAUCUGUUCAAUUCAAGUUGAGGCGAGUCCUCGUGUGUUUCUUAACUCUCUAAAGCCGCGUAGCCAACAUGUUCCUGCGACAUCGCCCACGAUUAAGCUGUGAUAAUCAGGGCUUUCUUCAAGUCCAUCGCGGUUUCGCAGGCAUAGGUUGAACUCAACGAGAUCCAUC